AUGGGAUACGGCGCCCCAGAAUGGCAGGGUUGGAUGCUGAAUGAAGAAGAAUCUCUUCCACUUAUUGAACACGCUUACAAGAAAGGCAUCAGAACCUGGGAUACUGCCGAUAUGUACUCCCAUGGCAAAUCCGAAGAGAUCGUGGGAAAAGCUCUGAAGAAAUACAACAUCCCCCGUUCCCGGGUGGUCAUCUUAACCAAAUGUUUCUUUGGUGUGGACGAUGAGGGAAACUUUCCACCCCCUCUCUCGACCGGGAGACAGAACGCGGGUGACUUCUUGCGUCGGUCUUUCUCGCAGACACGUCCUGGAGGCCGUUGA